CCUGCUCGUCUUCUCACUGCUCAGAGUCGGUUACAUCAACGAUGCCAUAGAUGCCUCUUUGAAUUUCAGGUGUUGGUGCGCCAGAUUACGGCACAAGCCAACCCGUUUGUGACUGUGGGUCUCCGGCCAUGGACAAGGUAGUCAAGGAGCUCUCGUCUCAGGCCGUGACUCUAGGUGCCACCACUCGCAACAACAAAAAUAAUCGGAUGAAGACCACUCACUGCACUUCUCAAACAAGCGAGUGCACGCGAAAAUUUCUUGGAGCGAAAAACAUGCAAAACACAAAUUUCGCGCGAACGUUCGCAAUAGUUUUCGCAACCCGGAACGCGAAAAUCAUUGCGAACGUUCGCUCUGCAAAACCUCUCUAUUAUGAUCGCCUUCGAUUAUUUAUUUUCGUUCUACUCGACAAUUCCAAAAAUCAGUGCCAUUGGCUUUAGCUUUGCCCUUGAACUUGAAAUCUCGUGCCUUAUUCUUUCCUGGGGACUGGUGUUGGAUAUUGAACGGGCGGAGUUACCGCCGGGAUGAUGGAUGAAGGAGAUGAUGGCCUAAACUUGGCUGCGCGCAUUCUCAUUUUCGCGUGGCCUGCCACUAGUGUUUCGCAGAUUCACAAAGGGUGUCACAGGCAUAGCUGGAGGAAGAAAGAUACUACACGAAUGCGAAACGCGACAAACUCUACAACGUCAUUAGCCUGGAGUUCACCAAGACUAAGUUGGAGCCUCAAGUGGAGUCACCCAGUCUGGUACGUCAUAUGGAUGGAGUGGACUUGGUGUGGCCGGAAACAUUGCGCGCUUUGCAGCAGGAGGCCACCAACCGACUGGUCGACAUGAAAUAUCCCAAAGUGCAAAAGUACUGCCUGAUGAGCGUCGGUGGCUGCUACACAGAUUUCCGUAUCGACUUUGGUGGCACAUCCGUCUGGUAUCACAUUCUCAAGGGUGGAAAGGUUUUCUGGCUGAUUCCUCCGACCCCAAUCAAUCUUCAGAUCUAAGAGCAGUGGGUGUUGUCGGGUAAACAGCAGGAUAUAUUCCUGGGUGACAUGGUCGAGAAGUGUGCCCGCGUCGAAUUGAAACCAGGCUUGACUUUUGUCAUUCCUACUGAAUCUGCGUGUGUCGCCCGCACCAAUACCUGACAACAUUGUGGAAAUAGUGGCAGUUGAAACAGAGAUUGUAUGCAAGUCCUCAGCUGCUACUGCAUCUCCAAGAAAGACAGCAGGUAUAUCAUCUCGUGACGACCACAUUUAAGUCUGAAUUUGAAGUGCGAAGAUGCUUCAGCAACCACAUCGUACUUUUCCAUUGCUUUCAUUGUGCUUCUACUGUGCAUGUGUGUAACUUGUGGGGUAUAUAAUUAUGUGAUGACAUUGUAUGCUGGCGACACGGUCAGUUUUUGUCCAUGCGUGUAACGUACACCUGCAUGUUAUGCAUUGAAAAGGAUCUGCCACUUGCGAUCCUGGGACAAGUAUCAGGUCAGCUUUGUCUUGUGUGGGCUGUACCAGAUUGCUGUUCACUUUUCCAUCUGUUGGAUAUGUGACUUUCUGCAAGUCUCUGGUGUAUGGUGGCCACUUCUUUGCUUGUCACUUUGUAUGAUAUUACAUUCUGUAUUCGCUGCUUCCAUGGCGUGGUCUGCAAACUGCAAUCCUUGGGCAAAUGUCAUGUUUGCUAUGUUGUGCUUUGGCCGUCAGCUUGUCUACACGUUGUAGUUGAAUUAUUUUGUUCCACAACUGACUUCCUUUUAAAAGUACGGUGGCCACUGCUUUGCAUGGCAUUUUA